AUGGGGUCGUUCGAGGGACACAUUGACACUGCCGUGAGCAACCGUGACAUCCCAGGCGUCAUGCUCUUCGCCGAGGACACAUCUGGCGACUUCAAAUAUUCACACAUUGUCGGCGACGACUUGAAACGCCAAAAGCCCCUGGCCGCGGACGACAUACUCACCCUCGCCUCCGUCACGAAGCUUUUCACCACCAUCGCCGCCCUUCAACUCGUUGAGAAGGGCGCCCUCUCCCUCGACGAAGAUGUCUCAAGGCACGUCCCGGCGCUGGCGAAGUUGCCCGUCUUAAAGGGCUUCACCGAGGCCGGCACGCCCAUCGAGUCGCCACGCAAGAAGCCAAUCACCCUGCGCCACCUCCUCACCCACAGCGCCGGGAACAGCUACGACUUCCUGAGCGACGCGACGAGGGAAUGGCAGGCGUUCCACGGCAUCAAGCCGACCCGCGGGUCCACCGUCGAGGAGCGCUUCGGACACCCGCUGAACUACGAGCCCGGGGAAGACUGGGCCUACAGCUCCAGCUCGGACUGGGCCGGCAAACUCAUCGAGGCCGUCACCGGGAAAUCGCUGGAGCGGUACAUGCGCGAGCACAUCUGGAACCCGGUCGGCGCGGCCAGCUUCACGUUCGACGUGGAGGCCGUGAAGCCCGGCUUGUGGGGGAUGACCACCCGCGACAAGGACACGGGCAAGAUCGUCCCCUACCGCGGCAGAGACUUGAACCAGGGAGUCACGGACUGUCUGGGCGGGCAGGGGUCGUAUGGUUCUGCGCCAGACGUCAUGCGCGUGCUGCAUUCCCUCCUGGUCGACGACGGGAAGCUGCUGAGCCCAGGCACGACGGCGGAAAUGUUCCGGCCCCAGCUCUCUCUGGAGUCCAAGAAGAGCCUGUUGAAGGCCAUGGAGGAGCCCGAGUGGGCCGUGGGGCAUUUCCCAGUCACCCGCGAGUAUGACUGGGGGCUCGGGGGUUUGCUCGUUGACGGGCAUAGCCACCCCAACAGACGAAACGGGACGUUGAUGUGGAGUGGCGCGUCGAAUGUUUUUUGGUGGAUCGACAGGCAGUCUGGGCUGUGCGGCUUCUUCGCAACGCAGAUGUUACCGGCGGCAGAGGAGGGGGUGCGACCACAUAUAAAAGCAUUCGAAGACGAGAUGUAUGCGAGAUUCAAGGCUACUAGACCUCGUGCUGCACUCUAA